GCGAAAGGGGUGACCUUCCUCUCGCGGCCUCUGCCCGCCACCUUCGCGCAGAUGCCCGGUGGUCAGUGGGUGCUGGACCCAUGUGCAGUGGAGGAAGGCUUGGGCGCCUCCGCCUCCCUGUGCAACGUGAAUGGCUCCUGGCUGGUGUUUCACCAGGGCGGCGGAGCCGAUGCGAAUCGCUUCUUGGAGGAGCUGAUGCCUGUCGCUCGCGGCUGCGCCGACAAGCUGAGCAAGCUUCUUGAAGCUCCCGCCGAGUGA